GUACUUUUAGACAAUUGACUGGAAUAUAUAUAGAGCGAGAGGGAAAUGUUUUCAUUCACCGUUUUUCUCAGCAUCGGGAAUUUUGCUGCGAUUCAUACUAUUUCAGGUGCUAUUGCGCAUCACACCUCUGUCAGAAUCACUAUCAGUAUUUUACGCCUCAAUGAUGUCAUUGACGUUGGAGAUCAACCCCUAUCUAUUAGUAACAAGCAUCACUAUUAUCCUUGUCUUCAUUUAUCGGUAUAUGCAAGAGACGUUCACGAUACUGGACCGACUGGGCAUUCCAGGACCCAAGCCCAUCUGGGUGUUUGGGAACACGCAUGAGUUCAAGGACAAGAAUGUUUUGGACGUUUUUAAAUCGUGGCGAGAAAAGUACGGAAACGUGUACGGGUUUUACGAAGGAUUUCGAGCAGGUGUGGUCAUCAAUGAUCCGGAAUUCGCAAGAGACAUACUCAACAAGCACUUCGAGAAGUUUUAUAUAAGAACGAGUUACCGGCCUUUUGUAUACUAUCCGGAUGACUUGAGGCUUAUCAGCAUUUACGGUGAACACUGGAAGCACCAGCGUUCCGUACUUAAUAAAAUGUUGAAUUCCACAGCGACAUUAAAGCAGGUUGUGGGUAAAGUUGUGAAGUCUUCGGUUCGAAUGCUGAAAGGUCUUGAGACUGAACGCAAGCUAUGUGUCGAUGGUCUGCAUAUGUCACAGUUUAUUGAUAACUUCGUGUCGGAGUCGGUAGCCCGCAUUGUUCUUGACAUGGACGCUGACGAGAUAGACCGCCACGCCGCCAUUGUCCAUCGCUACGAACGUGAGUCCAUGUGGUCGGCCGCCGCAGAUAACGAAAUCUCCGGACUUGCCAGACUGUUCCCGUCCCUUACGCCUUUGUUGAAACUGGGGGACAAGAAGUUCAAGUCCUCGCACGACGAUCUCGUUGCUUUGCUUCGCGUGUAUCUUCCUAAAGCCAUCAAUGCGCAGAAUAAUAACAAAAUGAAGGACGAAGACCAUUCUUCUCUUUUAUCAUAUCUGACGUCAUCUCGCGUCUUGUCACGUGAUAUCGACGGAAGUCUCAUGAGACGAGAUCUUGAAACAGACGAGACUAUCGCUCACGUUUUGUCUUUCAUUGGCGAGAUCUUCACAUCCAUGACGGCUUCCAUUCAGUUCAUGGUGUACGAACUCGCGAGAAACCCGGAAUGCCAAGAAGAACUCUAUAAGGAAGUGACGUCAUUAUUCCCGAACGAGGAAGAUGUAACAAUGGAAAAUCUCCAGUAUAUGGAAUAUUUCGACAUGUUCUUCAGUGAAACAUACCGGAAGCACCCUAUCGCCCCUGGUGUUUCGAGAAUUUGUACCGAAAAUUGUCGACUGCGUGGCGUUAACUUCCGACAAGGAAUGACAGUUCGUGUGAUGACGUCACCGCUGUACUCUGAUCCAAAAAUAUUCCAACAUCCAGAAAAAUUUAAUCCUCAUAGGUUUUCCAAAGAAGACCGGAUGUCCCGACAUCAGUAUUCCUUUCUUCCGUUCGGCCAGGGCCCAAGGGGCUGUCCGGGCCAAAGGCUUGCCACGAUGACCAUGAAGAUAGCCAUGAUCUACCUCGUACGCCGAUACACCUUCUCCACCUCAAAUAAAACUCAGAUUCCACUGAAGGAAGCACUUCGGCCAUCAUUAUGCCCCGCUGACGGUGUUCACGUAAACGUUAACCCGCGAUAGUCGCCCCUAGAUACCCCCGACAUGUGGAAUGGACGAUUGUACCAUUGUACGCAAUAAACAUUUGAACGCAGUGCGAUGCGGAAUGGUGACGUCAUAGAUGUGAUGUCAUUAUCGAAUGGACGUUAUUGAUUAAACGUAAUGUUUUGAUUAUCAACGAAAACGACAUUCGACGAAAAGUAGUGACGCAAGGUGGAGCACUUCCAUUAAUACCAAUAAGUGCACCGUGGCACUCGUGCUUACAUUAACGCUAUCAUCGUACAAAGAGUGCUUAUACAUAAGGAAUACUUUCUGCAAUUUAGAAUAGUACGACAAUGUUUUUAAGACACAAAAAAUCCUAGAAUGUUUAUUGUAUUCAUACAACAUUAAAAACAAUUGUGUAUUGUUUGUAAGUUGAUAACAUUUUCAGUCAAAACUCGCUAUGUCGAAGUAUUUUGGAACUCGAGAAUACUUCGAGAUAACGAACAUUCGAUAUAACCGUAAUACAAAAAGUGUAUAACUUAACCCAACACAUUUGAAAGAAGUUCGACAUAACCAGAACAUCGAGUAAACACAGUUCGACAUAGCGAGUUUCGACUGUAGGAGCGGAAAAAAGAAACUGUAAUAAAUCUAAAAAAUGGUCUGUUAAUAUUUAACGCUUUCGCACUAAUGUUUUUUUUAACUGAUUUAUUUAACAUAUCAGUGCAAUCAAAAUGACAUUCGCACUUAACAUUUGCCCAUUUUCAAAAGAAACUUAUAGUAAUAAGUUGUCUUUUCAUAAGUUUUAACAGAAACCGUACUUGUUGCAUAUUUCGCUAAUAUAUUUCAAUCGGUAUUAUUAUAUACUCUUAUGAACGAUAACACUCUGCAUGAACCUCAAUGAAUAAAAUGUGGACAUCAUUAAUGUCAUACGCUAUAAUUCAGGUAUACUCCAGACAUAUUAAUCAAUCUGUUAAAUUAAAUAACAAAAUUCUUGUUUUGUUAAAGAUAUUUUUCUAUGAUAUUGUUACGCAUGUCAUAAACAAUAAACAGUAAAACACGUUGAUAAUGACUUUUAUGGAUUAUUUUAUGUAUUAUUUUUCAAAUUUCUUAAAAUGUGAACCGACAAUUAAAUUUAACAUGAUAUA